CGGAACAGACCAUUUAUACACACUGGAGCAACUAACCAGGGCAUCUCCUCCACAUCUUCAUCAUCGGGUAAUUUCUGCCCAAUUGGGCAGCUUUUUUGCAUCUUCGGCAAAUGUUUGCGGCAAAAACCAGCACGUUAUUGCUACAUAUGUUUUUAUUCUGCGUAUCUUCUGCCUUUCAUAACAGUUUUUUUCCUGAAUAUAUUAGCAAUUAUUAAUCCAUUAUGUUGGCAGGCUAUAUCUGGAUUUAUUAUAAGCAUUUUCUGCAUAUUUGGGCGGCCUUCUCUGCAUUUUAAGCGGAUUUUUCUGUGAAUUGCAGCAGGUUAACAAUAGAUUUUUUCUACUUUGCAUAACAGUUUUAUUCUCCAUGUUAUUGACUACUUUGUUUAAGUUAUUUUAUGCAUAUUUGUAUAGUUUUUUGCAAUUUUAGGAGGUUGUUGUUGCAUAAUUUUGUGAUUGCUGUGAUCACUAUGUAUUUCCGGUAUAAAGAAAUAUGGUGAUUAGUGAUUGUUAUCAUAAUAUAACAUUCAAGUUGAGUUGUUUGAAGAAUGAGACGACGGCCUAUAUUCAACAAUGAAACGCAAGAUGAACACAAAGAAAGUGAAGAAGAAGUAGAUGGAACAAAAGGGGUACACAAAGCUUAUAAUAUAUGAUGAAUUUGCAGAAUGAAAUUGUUACUAAGCUAGUAGUCAAUGCUUAAAUAUAAGAUGUUGUCGUAAUAUUAUUGAAGUUAUGCUAGUUAUGAGAUUUUUAAAGUAAUUCAUAUUAUUAUAAUUUUUCGGCAUUCGAAAUUAUGUUACAGAACGAGAAAAAUGAACUGACGAUUAAGGUUCAACACUUGUUCCUGACAGAAGGGUAAAUUGGUUAUUCACUUAUUUGACAUUAUUUACUAUUUAGACUCCUCAUUCAGCUCACAAUGUAAACAAUUCGUUAUCACAAUGUCACUUAAUCCAUAUAGACAUCUUAAUAAAGACAUACAUCUUAAUCCAGACAGGAUUUCAUGAUAAUAAUAAAAACAGCCUCUUAGUAUUAGUUAGUCAAAACAGUUUGCUAUACCAAACAAGAUUACAUAAAACAGCAAGCUUUCAUCAAACAGUUACAACCUUGAUGAGAGUCUGGGCACUCUAAAAGUUAAUCCCAAUAGGGAUUUCUCUAGAGUCUAGAGUUUACAUCAGGAGGGCCAAAAGGGUGAAUGAUUAAUUAAAAGAUGGGAAGGCCAAACUAACUGUGAAAGUUGGGUCCAGAUAAGCAGGAGGGCGAGAAUAAAAGGCCUGCUGACGAGGGAGAAAGGAUAUUCUGGAACUAGUUAGUUUGUUGGGAGUGGGGCCCUCUCGAAUGGCUUACAGUUUGUAAUCUCUUUUCUGCAAGUUAUCGCUCAUUUCCAUUGUUAGUUCUGAGAUUUUAACGACAUCAGGAGGUUUUUAAUGCUUACUCUAAAACUCUUCAUAUAAACAGUAGUCAUCUUUGUUGUUUCUCUUCUUUUUUCUCUUUUUUUCUCUCAUUUAUUGUGUGUCAGCUAAAUCUGGACUACAUAUCUUUCCUUCUCUAGUUUUGGACUAAGCAUUAUAUUCUUUCUAUUUUAACAAUUGAUUUUUAAGUAGCUGGAAUUUUCUAUUACUUAAUAUAUAUUGAAUAUACUUUAUAUUACCUAAAAGAAUAACUUUUCAGAUUUAGCAAUUAUAUAUGUUAAUGGUACAACAUACCAUGUACUGAAAUAGCAUACCAAAGAAGCCUACCCCCCAUGUAUCGGGUUUUUGUUCCGCGUUCCGGAGCGUACCGUGAUCCAUGUGACAAGGUACAGUACUGCCUAUCAUCCUCAAACAGAUGAGCAGACUGAGAUGGUUAAUCGUUGCCUAGAAACUUAUCUGAGAUGCGUAACUGGAAGCAGACCUAAGCAAUGGCCCAAGCGGUUACCAUGGGCUGAAUUUUUGGUAUAACAUUUGCUAUCAUGCUUCAUUACAAACCUCAUCUAACAAAGCCCUAUAUGGUCAUGAGCCACCAAGUUUGAUUAAGGGAGAUGCCUCCAGGACUGCAGUGGAAGAAGUCACCGAGCUCACAGAUGAAAGAAAUGAGGUGAUUAAGGAGUUGAAGUAAAACUUAGUGAUGGACCAAAAUAGGAUGAAACAGCAGGCUAAUAAACAUAGAAAGGAUGUUUGGUUGGAAGUAGGAGAAAGGGGUUUUCUGAAGAUACAGCCUUACAAAUUGGAAAAUCUAGCCAAGAGAAUUAAUCAGGAAUUAAGCCCAAGAUUGUAUGGGCCAUUUGAAAUCGACAAGAUCAAUCCUGUUGCUUACAAGCUAAAGCUCCAAGAGGACUGUAUUGUACAUACAGUGUUCCAUGUUUCAUUCAUCAUCAUCAUCAUCAUUACCCCAGUGCCGCAAAGGCUCCCACCUACGGUGGGGUAAGGGGGGUCGGAUGUACGCAGCCUUACCUCUGUGCUAAAGCACACAGAGACUGUUUCAGGAUACUCCAGUGUUCCAUGUUUCAUUGCUAAAGAUAAUUGUGGCUCCUAAUACUCCAACUCAACCCCUACCUAGCUGUUUAUCUGAGGAAUGGAAACUUCAAACUCAACCAGACGAAGUGUUGAAUGCCAAGGAAAC